AUGAACCUCUACGCGUGCCUCGGCGCCCAGCGUGGCGACUCCGAAACUCAGCUUCGCGCCUCCUUCCGCAGGAAGGCGUUGGCCACACAUCCGGACAAGGGAGGCACGGCGGACGCAUUUCGCGCAGUGCUGGAAGCCUUCGAGCGGCUGAGCUCCGCCAAGUUCCGCGCCCGCUACGACCAGGAGCUGCAUGAGGCCGGCAGCGGCGACGGACUCCAGGAGCCCAGAGUCGCUGAGGGCUGCGCCGCAGAGUCUGCAGCUGGCCCGGAGCCGGCCCGGCGCCCGAAGAAGAGGGGCCGGCCGAAGAGGGCUGCGCAGACGGAGGUGCCGGUGCAAGGCCCCCAAGCUCCUGGCACGUUCACUGAGGCUGAGGCAAGGGAGGGGCCAGAAAGGUUGCUACAGCACCUUCUGGCAAAGGAGGAGAACUGGGGAGAGGAUUUGAAGAGGCUGAGGGAACACCGCUUCCUUGAUCUCCAAAGCAUCUGGCAGCUGCUUGAGAAGGAGUACCCCAUCCGCAAGCAGGCCAAGGCGAGGACGAGGACCCCGUUGAAGAAGUUGCCGGCGCCGAAAGAAGGCACGUGGCGCAGGAGCAAGAACAACAUCCGCGGUGUGUACAGUCAGACAAAAGGCGGAUACGGGUGCAGCAUCUACAUCCAGCAGCUUGUUCUGAUGUCCCCAGUUGUGCAGACCCUGAAUGAAGCCCUGGAGUACCACAUGCAGUGCACGCAGAUCCGCCAACAGGUCUUAGAGCAAACGGAGGCCGGCUGCCCCUUUGCGGAUGCCAUGACAUCGGCCGUGCAGCUCGUGGACGAGGAGCGCGCGCGGAACGAGCUGCCGCCCAUGAAGCGAUGCUACUACUCCGUGCUGAGUACCACCCGAGGCACCUUUGUCACGCCAACUUCGAGGGUGCUCCCAACUGCGCUCAAGUUCUGGUGCGUCACCAACCGCCUGCGCGGAUUGGAGCCCGAUGCACGCGUGCGCCGCUGGAACGAGGAGAAGCCCUCCAUGGUCGCAGAGGCCCGUGCGGAACGCAGCGAGCACAUAGCGAGGCUUCAUCGCCUUCGCCGGCUGCAGCGUGCGGUGGCCCAGGCGCUGCGACCAAGGCGCGAGAAGCAGCAGAAGCAGAAGCCGAAGCAGAAGCGCCAAAAGCACAAUCCGUUUCAGACCCCUGCGAUGCUGAAGAAGCGCUGGGGAGUCAAGUGCCUUCCGCCCUUUAUCCAGGAAGUUUGUCCUCUGCUGGGUCCUGGCGCAGAGGAGGAUGAGGCCUCUGCCACCCGCUGCCUCCGCGCCGUUCUCCAGCGUAAGGACGGCGAGGAGCUUGCAGGGCAGCCAAGGCUUAGCCUCGCUGCAGCCAAGAAGGACCUGCAGAAGCUUCGCCAAGUGCAACUCAAGGCCGGUGACGAUGCCGCGGUCGCUGCCAUCGCCGAGGGUGAAAUGCAGGCCAUGACGGACAUCAUGAUGUCGAAGUCGGCAACGAUCAAGGCCUCAGCUCUCUGCAUCUUCUGGGAGGUGACCCAGGACAAAGCUAUGGCCAUUCUAGACCGCUAUCCUCAGGAGCGCGAUCUCUUUGGGGCUGUCAUUGUCCAUAACCUGGACAUCAGCGUUCCCGGAAGGCUCCUUCAGUUGCCCUUGCUGCGAGCCUUCGACCGGAAGUUUCGGAUGCUUCUGACGCUUUACUGCGAGCGGCACGCCUAUUUCCCAGAUCAGCAGAUCAUCAAGGAGGGAGAGGCUGGUGACAAGUGCUACAUAUUCAAUCUCGGGCCGGCAAUGCUGCAGAAGAAAGGGUUUACGGUAAAGACAUUCUCGCCGGGAUCCCAUUUUGGCUGCGACCACAUGCUCGGCAUCAACAGGCUCUACUGCGGCUCGCUGAUCGCCAUGACCGUGUGCCACGUCCUGGUCGUAUCUCGCAGCUCCUACCUGCUGGCCCUGGAGCAGUACCCCUCACAAAAGGCGAGCCAGCAGCUCCUCCGCCAGCAGCGAGUAGAAGCAAAGGAGCUCCGGCAGGCGAUCCAGAGGAUCACAAUCCGAAAGAGUAUCUGGCAAAGAUACCAAGGUGAGAUUCAGAAGGAGAAGAACAUGUUCUUCCUGUCCGAGCAUGACCUGGCCAAGAGAUUUGUGAAGGCUUGGUCCGAGACCGCGAAGGCGCUCAAAGCAACAAGGUUGGAGCGCUUCCGCCGUCGGAAGGAGGUCGAGGAGAUGAUUGAGAACUGGAAGGUGAAAAAUGAGGCAGGCUUGAAGAAAGCCGCCCAUAAGAAGAAGGAGAGAGAGAUCCUCACAAGGAACAUCCUCGAACGGGGCCCGCUGGAGUACAUCGAUCCGCCAGAACCCACCCAGACUCCCCGGCUGCCACGCAUCCCCAAGAAGCAGACGCAGGAGCUGGUGUCCAUCCUGAAAGCCUGGCCUUCGCCUCGCCCCUCCCCGCACUACCAGCUGAAAGUCUGGGGCGUCAUGAGCCAGGAGCUCACACAGCCGCCUCCGGGUGAAGCUGCCGGCGCCCGGCUGCUGCCAAUGCUGCAGGGCGUGCGCAAGAGAGGUGAGAGCGUCACCCAGGCUCCGGGCUCUUCUGACGAGGAGUCGGAGGAGGCUGACCUCAACGAGACGGAUGACGAGAUCCCCGUGGUGGCCGUCACCAGCACCGUGAACAGCACGAUGAGCCUCGGGAACGGCUCGAUGAGCCUCGGGGUCGAAAAGGCACGGCGCUUGACCCGUCUUCUGAAUGCCACGCAGGAGGUGAUGGAUUCCCAUCUUGGGUAA